UUCUCUUGGUCUCGCGAGCGGUGGUGUGCGCGGGAGUCUGGGCUGUGUGUGUGGUGGCACUGCACCGGUUUGAGCUCUAACGGUCCCGGCGCUUUGCCAUGCCGGCCCAGAACACGGCGAGCAGUGGCGAACCGCUGGGAGUGGAGAUGGGGAAGCAGGCGGAGGCAGCGGUGAUAACGCCGGCCAUGCUGAAGGAGGAGGAGCAGCUGGAGGCGGCGGGGUUGGAAAAAGAGCGGCAGAUGCUGGAGAAGGCUCGCACUUCUUGGGACAGGGAGUCAAGCGAAAUGCGCUAUAAGAGGCUUCAACAUUUGCUGGAAAAGAGCAACAUCUAUUCCAAAUUCCUGCUAACGAAAAUGGAACAGCAGCAACUGGAGGAACAGCGGAAGAAAGAGAAGUUAGAAAGAAAGAGGGAGAUGAUGUUAAAAUCUGCCAAGGGUCAAAGUGCAGUUGAUGGCAAAGAGGAGAAACCAGGUGCAAAGAAGAAGAGAGGAAGAGAAGAAGGGACAUACAACAUCUCAGAAAUUAUGUCCAAAGAGGAAAUACUGUCUGUGGCAAAAAAAACUAAAGUGGAAAAUCAGGAUGGAACUUCUGCUAACCUGUGUCCAGAAGACCUGCAGAAAAAUGAAGACUCAAACAGCGUCAUUAAGGACAGAUUGUGUCAAGCUGUACGAAAUAGUGCCAAGCAAUUCCUUGAUCCAGUACGGAAAUUUAAUGGACAACCAGUGCCUUUUCAGCAGCCAAAGAUUUUUACUGGCGGUGUAAUGAGGUGGUACCAAGUGGAAGGCAUGGAGUGGCUACGGAUGCUUUGGGAAAAUGGUAUCAAUGGCAUUUUAGCUGAUGAAAUGGGGUUGGGGAAGACGAUCCAGUGUAUUGCGACAAUAGCACUGAUGGUGGAGCGAGGAGUACCUGGUCCAUUCUUAGUAUGUGGUCCUUUGUCUACUCUUCCAAAUUGGAUGUCUGAAUUCAAGCGAUUUACUCCAGAGAUUCCCCUUAUGCUCUAUCAUGGAGCUCAGCAGGAACGUCGUAAACUGGUUCGCAAAAUUCAUGGGCGACAAGGAUCACUGCAGAUCCAUCCUGUGGUCAUUACUUCAUUUGAAAUAGCCAUGCGAGAUAGAAAUGCCCUGCAGCACUUCUUCUGGAAAUACCUUAUAGUAGAUGAAGGUCACAGGAUUAAAAACAUGAACUGCCGUCUUAUUAGAGAAUUGAAACAAUUCAAUGCAGACAAUAAACUCUUGUUGACUGGUACUCCCCUGCAAAACAACUUGGCAGAGCUUUGGUCAUUGCUUAACUUCCUGUUGCCAGAUGUGUUUGAUGAUUUGAAAAGCUUUGAAUCCUGGUUUGAUAUUACCAGCAUUACAGAAACUGCUGAAGAUAUUAUUGCUAAAGAAAGGGAGCAAAACAUCUUGCAUAUGCUGCAUCAGAUUUUGACACCUUUCUUACUGAGAAGACUGAAAACUGAUGUUGCUCUUGAGGUUCCUCCUAAACGAGAAGUUGUGGUAUAUGCACCACUGUCAAAGAAGCAAGAAACUUUCUAUACUGCCAUUGUAAAUCGCACCAUUAGGAAGCUAUUUGGAAAUAAUGAGGAAGAAGUAACUGAGUUGGGUCCUACAGGUCGACCAAAACGCCGUAGUCGAAAAGUGGUUGAUUACUGUGAAGACCAUAAUGGUUCAUCUGACGACUUGGAAAAAUGGAUCAGCAAAAUGCAAGAGGAAGUAGAAAAAGAGAGGCCAGUGGUAGCAGUGAGCGUUCCCAUGGAUUCUGAGGUGAACCUGAAACUGCAGAAUAUUAUGAUGUUACUGAGGAAAUGUUGUAAUCACCCCUACCUUAUUGAAUAUCCUUUGGACCCUGCUACACAACAAUUCAAGAUUGAUGAAGAUCUAGUAAAGAAUUCAGGCAAAUUUCUACUCUUGGACAGAAUGCUUCCAGAACUGAAAAAAAGAGGACAUAAGGUCUUAAUGUUCUCACAAAUGACUCUCAUGCUUGACAUCUUGAUGGAUUAUUGCUAUUUAAGGGACUUCAAAUUUAGUCGAUUGGAUGGCUCUAUGUCCUACUCAGAGAGAGAAGAAAACAUGCGUCAAUUUAAUACUGAUCCUGAAGUCUUCCUGUUCUUAGUGAGUACAAGAGCUGGAGGCUUGGGCAUUAAUUUAACUGCGGCAGACACCGUGAUCAUAUAUGAUAGUGACUGGAACCCCCAGUCGGACCUGCAGGCCCAAGACAGAUGUCACAGAAUUGGCCAGACAAAGCCAGUGGUUGUUUAUCGUCUUGUGACAGCAAAUACCAUUGACCAGAAGAUUGUGGAGAGAGCUGCUGCCAAAAGGAAGCUAGAAAAGCUGAUUAUCCACAAAAAUCAGUUUAAAGGUGGCAAAUCUGGUUUAGCACAGUCAAAGAGCUGCCUGGACCCUCAGGAAUUAUUAGAAUUACUGAAAUCCAGAGACUAUGAGAGGGAGGUUAAAGGAUCUAAGGAAAAAGUAAUCAGUGAUAAAGAUCUGGAGUUACUCUUGGAUAGAAGUGAUCUUAUUGAUCAAAUGAAGACCUCUGAAAAAAUGAAAAAGGAAAAAAUGGGUGUCUUCAAGGUCUUAGAAGAAUCAUCAGAUUCCAGUGCAGAAUGUGUGUUUUAAUGUGCAAAUGUGGCUGGUAGCCUUACAGCACAAAUGUAUGACUGACAUCAGAUCUUCCAGAGAUGUUACUUACGCAUACUGUUCGUUUAUGCUGACUUUCUUUAAGGCAUUUUUCAAAUCCCUUGUGUUCUUUCAGUGAAAUACAACAUGUUCUACAUUAUAAUGCAGGUGAUAGUUUCAUGUUAUAGCUUUGUUAGGCUCUCAAAAGGUUAAGAAAAUGGACAUGUUUCACCUUUACAGCUAGCUCCUGUGAGCAGUGGUAAAUACUGGCAAAUUUGUGUACAAAAAAAUCUUCCUGUGGAAGUCCUAAAACACUUUUUUUUUUUCCCCUCCUUAUAUGGUGUGAAUUACGGUUUUAUUUGGAAGGGAGAGAACGUGUCCCAUCGUUACAGCCAUUUCUGUAGCUUGUGUUUUAAAUUCUCCAAAUUAUUUUGAUUAAAUAAAUCUCUGGUUUGUCUUAAA